GCGACGGAAGUAAUUCCUUCCCGUGCCCCGGAACCCACGGGGGUAGGCAGCUGGGGUGGGGGGGCGGCCCUGAAUAGGGGCUGUGGCGGUACGCGGGGACACGGCUGCGGCGGCUGCAGGACUGGCCAGAAACUGCUGAAGUUCCUGUGGGAUCAAGUAGAAUUUUAUAAGAACAUAAUGGAUGGAGAAGAGAAAACCUAUGGUGGCUGUGAAGGCCCUGACGCCAUGUACGUCAAGUUAAUAUCUUCUGAUGGCCAUGAAUUUAUUGUAAAAAGAGAACAUGCAUUAACAUCAGGAACAAUAAAGGCCAUGUUGAGUGGACCAGGUCAGUUUGCCGAAAAUGAAACCAAUGAGGUCAAUUUUAGAGAGAUCCCUUCGCACGUGCUCUCAAAAGUGUGCAUGUACUUUACCUACAAGGUCCGCUACACUAACAGCUCCACCGAGAUUCCUGAAUUCCCAAUUGCACCUGAAAUAGCUCUGGAACUUCUCAUGGCUGCGAACUUCCUAGAUUGUUAAAUAAAAUAAAUUAUAAUAAACUGUUAAUUUUUCAGUAUUUAA